AUGGAGCUCCGUCCACUCCGUGUGAUGAUCUUGCUUAUUUCACUUAUCCAAGUCGGACAAGCUCAAGGUGAUUUAUACAUAUUUUAUUGCCCAUGUUGUGUACAUGUUGGAUUUGUAUUAAGGUGGAGAAGAUUGUUUGUACAUUGUCAUGCAGAAUUUAAGUUGUUUACAUUGACAGUGUGUGUUUGCUUUUUGACUUUUCCAGCAGUGUUUAAACCAGUUCUGUCUGUGGAGCCGAAUUUACCUCAAAUAUUCAGAGGAGAGACGGUUACACUCACAUGUAGGAUUUCAGGAGGAAGUGGACCGUACCACUGGAACAAAGAUGGUGUUAAUGUUCACAGAUCUGCUGAAAAUUACUACACUAUAAAAGUAGACCAGAGUCACAAAUACAGAUGUUACGGGUCUAUUGAUGGAUGGUUCACGACAGGUAGUAAUGAAGUGACUCUCUCAGUGAGAGAGAGACCAAAAGCCGUUCUGACUCUGCAGCCUGAUGGACAGAUAUUCAGUGGACAGGAAGUCACUUUCACAUGUGAAAUACGAGGACAUGCAGACACUGAGUGGAUGUACAACUGGAAUAAAGAUGGUGUCCAAAUAUCCUCCUACACUGAGAGCAGUAAUUAUUCAUUCACUCCUGUAGAGUCUCUCAGCGCUAAAUACACCUGCAGCGGACGGAGAAGAAGCGACUCUCAGACCUCAGAGACCAGCAACACUGUUACACUCACUGUGUCAGAAAAACCCAAACCGACUGUGAGAGUGAAUCCUCAGAGCUCCGUCUACACUGGAGACAGAGUUACUCUGAACUGUAAUCUGCUGUCUAAUGGAUGGACUUUUCUCUGGUACAAAGAUCAGCGACCUCUAAUCCAAGUAGCUGAAGACACCAACACACUCCAUGAUACAGUCUCUAAUGCAGGAGAAACAGUGUAUCAGUGUAAAGCACGCAGAGGAAACUACGACUCAGAGCUCAGUGAUCCAGUUACAGUUACAGUUAGAGCGCUCCCAAAACCUGUGGUGUCCAUAAAUCCUGAUGUACAGGUGUACAGAGGAGAGACUGUCACUCUCAGAUGUGACCUACAGGAUGAAGAGGACUCUGACUGGAUCUACAGAUGGAAUAAAGAUGGUUCUGGUGUCAGUAGUGAACAGGAGUACAGAAUCAGUAGCGCUGAAACAUCUCAUGCAGAAAAACCUAAACCUGAACUCACACCAAGUCGUGAAGGAGCUGUACUGAAAGGAAAAUCCAUGACUCUGUCCUGUACACUGAAGCUGCAGUCUGCUGGAUGGAAGUUUUACUGGAUCAAACCCACACAGAGCACUGAGACUGAGACUGAAACAGACUACUACAACAUCAGCUCCGUUAGAGUCUCUGAUGGAGGUCAGUACAGGUGCAGAGCUGGAAGACGAAACCCAGUCUACUACACACACUACAGUGAUGCACUCUGGGUAAAUGUUAUUGAGAAUCCUAAAGCUGUGGUGACCAUAAAGCCUGAUAAACAUGUGUUCAGAGGAGAGACUGUGACUCUCAGAUGUGAAAUACAGGGAGGAGGAGACACUGAGUGGACAUACGACUGGUAUAAGAAAGAUAACACACUCUACCCAUACCGCACAACACAGGAGUUCAGCUUCAGCUCAGUUAGAAAUGAUGACAGUGGUGAAUACACCUGCAGAGGGAGGAGAAGUGACUCUCAGAGCUCAGAGAUCAGUGAUGCUGUUACACUCACUGUAUCAGAUGCAGCAGAGGCAGUAGUGAGUGUGUCUCCACUGCGCUGGCUGACUGAAGGAGACUCAGUGACUCUAAGCUGUGCGGUUAGACACUCCUCUACAGGCUGGACAUUCAGCUGGUACACAGAGGUUCCCUCCAGAGACAGUCAGGGUUCCCUCAGGUACAGUACAGCACUCCUCUCAGACAGCAGCAGAGGAUCUGGAGGCUCCUACACUCUCAGUCCUGUUACUGUGAAGCACACAGGAGUUUAUAUGUGCAGAGCAGAGAGAGGAGAACCGGUCUUUCACACACGGGACAGUAACCUACAGCCACUGUGGAUCACUGGUGAAUCUCCUCCAGUGUCUCUGAUCAUCAAUCCCAGCAGAACUCAACACUUUACUGCUGACUCUCUCUCACUGAGCUGUGAGGACCAGAGUGACUCUACUGGAUGGACAGUGAGAGGAUACACACACAGUGAGACAGUGUCUGAUUGUUCAUCAGGUUCAGGAUCUACAUGUAACAUCAGCUUCCUCUCUACAUCACACACUGGAGUUUACUGGUGUCAGUCUGAAUCUGGAGGACGCAGUAAUCCUGUCAACAUCACAGUGCACCAUGGUCAUGUGAUCCUGGACAGUCCUGUCCAUCCUGUGACUGAGGGACAUCCUCUGACUUUACAUUGUUUAUCUCGCAACUCAAAUACCUCAGCUUCUGGUGUUGAUGUCUAUAAAGAUGGUUCAGUCCUGCAGAACAAGACUACAGGAGAGAUGACCAUCAGUACUGUCUCAAAGUCAGAUGAAGGUUUCUACCACUGUAAACACCCAGAGAGAGAAGAGUCACCCAAAAGCUGGGUUUCAGUCAGAGUUCUAUCAGAUGGAAAAGCUCCACUGUCAGUACUGAAGCUCCUCAGCAGUGCAGUAGCGGCCUCUCCGUAUGUGCUGGUGACCAUCAUUCUGGCAGUGAAAUGUUACAGAGCUCGAACUGACCCUGAUGAGGACAACAGACCGUACAGAGUGAUAGAAGCUGAAGCGUCUGUCUGAGUCUCAGGUGUUUACAUUAUUUUUUAUCAUCUAGCGUUUAUAUAACAGCAGCUCCCCGUGCAACAGAGAACACUGCAUUUAGUCCAUGGAGCUGUAACGUGAUGAACGAACGACUCUGACCCGAAGACUCGAGAGCUGAAAUAAUCAUUUCUGUUUCCGGGGAACAGACGUGAGAAAUGCGACGUGACAAAAGAAAGAACGACUCGGAUCGGGAGGUGAGGUGAACUAACAGACUGUAUAGCCUGAAGACCUAAUGCUAAGCUAUUAAUUAAUCAUUUCUGUUUCUCAUAAUUUGGCCUUGGCUGCAAUAGCCUAUAUUUUAUUUUUUAUUCCAAAUGUGAUCAACGUUUGCGUAAGUACUAGAUGUGUUGGUGAAUUUAACAUGUAACAUUUUAAUUGUAUUCUGCUGAAAUUAAAGAAAUGACUUGAAAAAAGAUUUGUUCAUUUUGCUGAACGAGAUUCAAAGAUCCGAGUCAGUAAAAUGGUCCGAACUUCCCAUCACUACUGCUCACUGCAGAGCCAAAUAGAUGGAGCUGGACGUCUAGCUCCACCUCUCUUGAUCUAGUCUAGUAAUCUAUGGGUCUAGUCUAGUUUCACCUCUAUGGAUGUAGUCUAGUUCCACCUCUAUGGCUCAUUUCGCCACCUACUGGCUGUUAACGUCAAUGCAAGCCCUUCAUUAGAUCAAACUUACCUAAAGGGGAAAAAAUGUUGAUUGUUAAUGCACGAAGGUUAGGUCAAAGUAACCAUGAGACUUGCAUGGAACUGGAGAUGCUGGCAUAGCUAAUAUUGCCUUACCUUUCUUUAACAUUUUUCAUGAUUUCAUGAUUUUUCUGCACUGUUUCUGUGACAAACUGCAUGACUAGACUACCUUCUUUUUUCCCCACUGUAUUAAGGCUAUGUAAGCUAUUUGUGAAUUUUCUCAGUCAUAUGUGAUUCAUUAAUGUAAUAAAGUGUGCUCCUAAUAUGCUGUUUGCUUUUAAACAUGGGAACUGAGUUACCCUUGCAGGUAUGAUAAAAAAUAAAUAAAUAAAUAAAUAAAAUGAU